UUCAGAGGGGGGACCGGGCGCCGGGGGGGGCGUGCGGGGGUCAGCCCCGCGACGCCCUCAAGCACAGCAGCCCCCCGGCGCCGCCAGCACUCGGCAGCAGCGCUCAGCGAGCAGCAGCGCAUGCAGCCUUUCCUUCUAGCAGCGCGUGUCAUUCGUCCUGGCAACAGCGUCAGCUGCAGCAGCGUUGCAGUUGUCGGCUUGCUUUCAUGGUGGCAGGUGCUGCGGGAGCAGCCUUAACGGCGCAGCCACAUACCGGUGAGUGGGCGGGCGGAGUGGAGUUGUGGCAGGUCGUCGUUGUGCCGGCCUGGGGCCGUGUUUGCGUGUGGAGGACGUGCUGGUUGCGUUCGGAUGCUGUGUGCGAUGUGUGCGUGUGCGCGUGCUGGUGGCGUUCGUCGUGGGUGUACUGGUGUGCAAGCGCGUCUGUGUGCAAGCGUAUGGUGCCGGCUGGCAGCUGGCUGGCGAGGGGGGAGACAGUCACAGCUGCAGUUGGGUGGGAGCACGGCGGCCGCCAGCACCAGAGCGGCUGCAGGGACGGCGGCAGCAGCCCAGAAGCCUUGCUUAGCCGGCGACAGCGGACUGCAGGCGACUACAGCUGGGUAGAGGGUUGCGGGCACGGCGGCACGGCGGCGGAGCGCAAGAAGCAGCUGCUGGCAGCGGCGCUGGGUGCUGCAGCGGGCCUGCAUGCGCCGUUGACGCUUGCAGCUCACGCAGCGGGGUAUGGGUACUGGCGGCUGAUGAUAUGCAGCGUUGCAGUGGAGCGGCAGCAGCAACAGCAGCAACUACUGCUGGGCACCGCGGCCUGCCGCGCCGCAGUCGCGCGCAGUGGCGAUGCUGCGCCUGCCCGACAUGGCAGCACUGGCGGCGGCGGCGUGUAGCAUGUACUGGUCUGGGCCUGGGCGGCGGCAGGGGGUGCCGCGCCUUACAGCGGCGCAGGCGCGCUCUUGGUUGCGAAGCGUGCGCAUGUACGCACGCACACCACGUCCUCGCGCGUGCCGCUGCUGCCCGACCGCGCCGCCUGCUGCCGGUUCCCCCCUCAAGCGGGGACGUCCCAGCACGCAGCCAUCUGGCGGUCUGAAGCCGCCGGCCUGCUGCCGGUGGUGGUGGUGCGUCUGCGUGCGGCCACGCUUGCAGCCAGAUGCCAGCGGGGCAGCAGCGUGGUGCCAGUAGCUUUCGCUCGGCCUCAGUGGCACGCAGCGGGUGAGGGCAGUGCAGAAGGCAGCCAACCAGCAAUUGAGCGUCUGUGUGACCUUGCUGGGCCAGGGCAAGAAGGCCUGCUGCGUGCGUGUGCUGUUGGUGAGGGCGUGUAGGGCGUGCGGGCCGGGUGAUCGAGUGCUCGCGCUGCGUGCUUGAUUUGUGUUUCGUGCUUGAUUUGCGCCGUGUGCGUGUAUUGGUUUACCUGCGCCGUGCCUGUCGUGCGUUUGUGCCGGGGCAAGGUGUGUCUGCGUGGGGAGGCUUGCCAGGUGUGGCCGAGCAGUGACCAGGUCCUUGCUGGAACGGACAACGCAGCAGGCAGCAGGCAGGCUGGAACAGCAGCUGCAGGGUGGCGCCGCUUCUGUCCACAGCUACACCAGGCUCGUGUUGGGCCAGCAUGAUCACCAGCACGUACGGCAUCAUGUCAGCAGUCAGGGCCCGAUGCUUGAAGCAGCGUCCAUUGGGCGCCGGGACAAAGUCAGCUAAUUACGAAAGUGACAUCCCGUUAGCCCGAUCCCUACGUUCUGUAAGCCUGCCCAUGG